CUGUCAUGGGGGCGGGGCGGGGCGGGGCGGCUCCUGCCGGCUCCCAGGGCGGUAUAAAGCGGCAGCGGCCCGCGGGCUCCUCCUUCUGCGAUCGGUGCCGCUGCCGCGUCUCUUCCCCCGGCUCAGGAUAAGGAUUAUGAUUAUCAAGUGUCUUGUUUCUAAACGAGUUUCUAUGGAAAAUCAGGGGGAUCAGAUUGUCGUUGCGCUAAGCAAAUUUGACGAGCGGGACGCCUUUAGAGAAUCCUGAUCAAACAGCAGCCGUCCUGAAUUACUUGACUAAGACUGGGGCAGAGUCCGUUUGUCUUGCCCUUCGCUACAUCAGAACGCAACUCGCCUCCUUUCUGCUCCUCGUGCGUUACUUGGCUUCUCCAGAGCCGCUCAGAAGCUUGUAGAAUGGUUGGAUUCAAGCCCACCGAUGUCCCCCCGACAGCCACGGUGAAGUUCCUAGGGGCUGGGACGGCCGCAUGCUUCGCAGAUCUGAUCACCUUCCCCCUGGACACGGCGAAAGUCAGACUGCAGAUCCAAGGAGAGACCAAGUCAGCAGCUAACACCACAGCUGCUCGGUACAAAGGUGUCUUUGGCACCAUUGCCACCAUGGUGAAGACGGAAGGUCCCACGAGCCUGUACAACGGCCUGGUGGCUGGGCUCCAGCGUCAGAUGAGCUUUGCGUCGGUCCGCAUCGGGCUGUACGACUCCGUGAAGCAGUUCUACACCAGGGGAUCGGAGCGUGCCGGCAUUGGUAGCCGACUCCUGGCUGGAUGUACCACAGGAGCGAUGGCUGUGGCCGUUGCCCAGCCAACGGACGUGGUGAAAGUGAGGUUCCAGGCCCAGGCCCGAGUGGAGGGUGGCAGGCGAUACCAGGGGACUAUGGAUGCCUAUAAGACCAUUGCCAGGGAAGAGGGACUCAAAGGGCUGUGGAAAGGAACAUCCCCCAACGUGGCCCGUAACGCGAUUGUGAAUUGCACGGAAUUGGUGACCUAUGACCUGAUCAAGGACAUGCUGCUCAAAUACAACCUCAUGACUGAUAACCUCCCGUGUCACUUCACUUCUGCCUUCGGGGCCGGUUUCUGCACCACGCUCAUUGCUUCCCCCGUCGAUGUAGUGAAGACCAGAUACAUGAACUCUGCCCCCGGCCACUAUGGAAGUGCCGUCAGCUGUGCUCUCACCAUGCUGAGGCAGGAGGGGCCCAUGGCUUUCUACAAGGGGUUCAUGCCCUCGUUCCUGCGGCUGGGAUCCUGGAACGUGGUGAUGUUUGUGACCUACGAGCAGCUGAAACGCGCCAUGAUGGCUGCCCGUGGUUCCUGGGAGGCCCCUUUCUGAGCCUGCCAUGGGUGCAGUUUGCAGAGGUGGCACGAGCCCUCACUAGCACGGACCGUCUCCGGACUCUUCCAGGCUGCCCCCAGUUGCUAACAUGUCGGCCUCUAGUCUCUGAUCUCUUUAUUUCUGCUCAUCUUCUGGCACGAAGCUGGGCCUGCAGGGGAAGGGCUGCAGCUGUACUGCCCUGGGAGUGCUGACCCUUUAAAUUGGGGUUUUAUGUUUUUUAAGGGCAAGUUUGCUUCUUCCAGAUGUACCAUUCCCCUGCCCCCCCCCUCCCCCGUGCCAAGAUCUGAUGGAUCUAGGCUGAUGAGACCCUUGGAGCUGUAGUGCAAGAGACAGGAAUUGAAGUUAGCAGCUGGGACGUGGCGGCAGCCAGCAGUCUGGUACCUGGCAGUAAAUCCCUCAGCCAGGGAGUGAGAUCCUUCCCUGAUGGAUCAUUCCAAGGGCUAAUCACUAGCGCCAACGUGUUCAGACUUGCGGGCCUGGCCUGAACGUUAGGCUGCCUUCUUCUGCAGUUCGGUGACUAACCAAGUGCUUGACUUUCCCAGCUGCAGGGCUCUGAACUCCCAUCCCCUCAGGGGAAGGGGCAGAUUCUUGGUGCCUUUUGAAGGCCAAGCCACUGAUUUUCAUGCCUUAAUAUAGGUUAGGGGACCUGACUUCUAGGCACCACCAUCUUAAAAUUCUGGCCUAGAGCUUUAUGUAGCAGCUGCUCCCAGGUCUAGCAAGGAGGAAGGAUUCUUGUGCAAUGAUGCUGGGAAAUCGGGUGGGUCAAGGGGUUUUUAAGUCCUAAUAACUAUUUAUUUUUUUAAAAUUUUAAAUGGAGAGAAUGUUGUUGGGGGGGCCCCCAAGUUUCCUGUUGUUAACACUGUCUUGAGGGGACAGUAGGUGCGUGUUUGUGUCUUACAAUAAAGCUGGAGUCAAACUCAU